AUGCUCAUCACUAACUCACGGCUCCAGGUAAUUAAAUAUCUUGACCAGCAGAACAUCAACAAUGCAUACGUCUCGGGAAUGAAGGAGGAUCUUAAUCUGCAAGGCAAUGAGUUGAACUAUUUCACAACGUAUUUCAACGUCGCUUACUGCCUGAUGCUCAUUCCUUCACAAGUGAUCCUGACCUAUGUUCGGCCUUCAUAUUGGCUAUCAGGACUGGAAAUCACAUGGGGCGUCAUCACAGGAUUGAUGGCGUUGUCGAAUCACGCAUACCAGGUGUAUAUCCUACGUGUCUUUCUGGGCUUAUGCGAAAGUAGUGCUUGGCCUGGAAUGAUGACACUGCUCAUGCAUUGGUACACUCCUGCCGAAUUGGCCAAGAGAAUGGGCUUUUACCAUUCUUGUCAAGCGAUCGGAUACAUGAUGAGUGGCGCACUUCAAGCUGCCAUAAUGAGGACUCUCCACGGAUCGAGUGGCCUGGCCGGCUGGCGUUGGUUGUUUAUCGUCAAUGCCAUCAUCACCGUCGUCUGGGGAAUGAUGGGGUUUUUUAUGCUGCCUGAUUAUCCCAAUCGACCAAAUCCCCGUGCCUUUUGGUUCAAGCGAGUACAUCAAGAGGUUGCUAUGGAAAGGCUUGCAAGGCACAACCGUGCCGAACCCAGGCACGUCACCUGGGCUGGAGCAAAGAGGACCUUCUCAGGCUGGACUGUUUACUUCAUUGCCACUUUGUACAUCGCAACUGUCCUAGCGAGUUACGGUUACAACUUCUUCUCUUUGUUCCUCAAGUCGUUGAAGAACCCAGACGGGAGCAAGGUCUGGUCUGUGGAAGCAGUCAAUGUUAUCCCUAUUGGUGGUGGAGCUAUCAACGUGGUCUUCGUGUGGAUAUGGGCACUACUAUCAGAUUUUCUACGAACUCGAUGGACGUUGAUUGUCACACAGGCCCUGAUCGGCUUGAUCCCGGCAAUUAUGAUGUCAGUUUGGACCUCACACCCUCGCUCAGUAACUCUUACGACCGCAUACGCUGGAUAUUUCAUCUCAUAUUUGUGUCUUGGUACGGCACCUUUGAUCUUCUCCUGGCUGUCAGAUCUUUUGCCACAAGAUCCAGAAGCAAGAUCACUCAUUGUUGGCAUGUCUGUUGCAGGGUACUACGCCAUCAGCGCGUGGUCACAAGUUCUGGUGUGGCCGGCCAAGCAAGCACCUUACUACAAAUACGGAUGGCAAACUAGCAUCGCCUUGUGGGUCUUGAUCAUUGCGAUGACCUGCACAUUGAGGUUUGUCGAUGUUCGAUAUCUGAAACCAAAGAGGGAUGCCUAUAAUGCAGCCCAUGGAGUGGCAGUCGUUGGGGAAGAAGGACCCAGGUCUGAUGAUGAAAGCUUUGGUCGCAAUAGUGUGACGAAAGAUCUUGAGGAGCCUGACUCCAAAAAUGUCAAGGGAAGUGAAAGCGCAAUCAAGGGAACCUGA